UUAAUAUAUGAAAUUUACAGAGUAUGUGCAGAGCAGAAAGAUUAUGUAAACUAAAAAGAUUACUGUGUACACAGACACCCCGGCUUUCCUCUUAUUUUCAUCUGUCUCUCCAUCUACCCUCGACGCCAAACCCUCCCUCUUCCGCCACCAUCAACGCCCUCAUCCGUGGUUUGCAGCUACUAAUCUCUCUUUCUUCCAGAUCGGAAUCAUCAUCUCAUAGAGGAAGCAUGGAUGGAGAAAUCUCUAACAUAAAGAAGUGGAUCAUAUUGUAUCCUAUUUACAUAAAUUCAAAGAAAACAAUAGCAGAGGGAAGGCGAAUAAGCACAAGCAAAGCCUGUGAAAAUCCUACUUGUGCUGAGAUUGGUGAUUGUUGCUCUCAUCUUAAACUCCCGUUUGCAAUUGAGGGAAACAGCUAAUGCUUCGCAUAGCAGAGUUGGUACCCAGACACCCUGGGAGGACCAAGAAACAGGAGCCUGCUGCUGCAUCGACCUCGGGUGCUGUACCUUCAAAAUCUGGGAAAGGUGGAAAAAAGAAGAGAUAGCUUCACUAGUUUGUGUUUCUUCCCCGUUGUCAGUGUUAGGCCCUAAAAUUUCUACAUCAAAUAUUUUGUUUUUAAAACCCUCCGUGUUUUUUGUUAGUCCCAUUUUUUUUUUGUUUGGAAUAUUUAAAGAUACUUUUUUUUUUCCCUGAAAAGAGCAGCCACACUUUUGUGGGGAUAGAAAUUGUGGUAGUGAACUAGUUCAAGGAAAUGCUUGAUUAACACUUAAUGGUGCAAUGUGUAAAAUUAUCCAGUAA